AUGACGAGUCCAACCCGCCUUAUACCGACGUCUUCACGAACUCUCCUCCUCACCUUUGACGCCUUCGGCACCCUCUUCCACCCGCGUCUUCCAGUCCCAGAGCAAUAUGCCGCGACCGCGCACCAAUUUGGAUUAUCGCGCACUACCGUCACCCCGGACAAACUCGAAACUGCAUUCCGCGACACAUUUCGUGCGCAGGCGCAUCGAUACCCAAACUACGGUCGCGCGGAUGUUCUCCGAGGCCAAUACGGGGGACCGAGGCAGUGGUGGGAGGAGGUGAUUAGGGGGAGCUUCGGGCGUGUUUUGUCUGCAGAGAAUGGGGAGGCGCGUCCUAAACACCCUAAAGAGCAUGUCCCUGAUGACAUGGUGGAAGCGCUAUUAGAUCGAUUUGCUAGUUCCGAGGGUUACGCGCUCUAUGACGAUGUGCUACCCUUCUUCCGCCGAUUGCGCAAACUGAAGUCCGCACAUAAGUGGUCGUUUGAUAGGAUCGUUGUUGGGGUGGUAUCCAACUCGGAUGACCGCGUCCCCGCUGUGUUGAAGUCAUUGGGGUUAACGGUUGGUGAUAUGCGUGCUGACCAGGAUAAAUCGAGUAUGGAUCUUCCCGGGUUUGAGGGACGAAGUAUCAAAAAGGAUGAUGCCGGGGAACAGGACAAAGAUCACGAAGACCGCAACUUGGAGCUCGAUAUUGAUAUGGUUAUUACGAGUUAUGAGGCCGGUCAAGAGAAACCUCACCGCUUGAUCUUUGACGUGGCGAGACGGCAGUCUCUAAAGGUUGCCCGUCCGUGGUUGACCAGCAGAACCAAAUUCAAGUCUGUGCAUGUGGGGGAUGAUUUUAAAAAGGAUUAUCAGGCUGCACGGGAUGCAGGCUGGGAGAGCUAUUUGCUUCCUCGAGACUCUAUUGGUUUCGAUUCAUAUGACGCAAAGGAACUCCCAGAUCUCCUGAAGUUAGCAGAUAAAUUGGACCUUUUCCCAUAA